GUUGUUAAAGAAAAGUGAAAAGGUCUUAUAUAUAUUUUUCACCUGCUUUAAUAGUAAAUUUCGUAUUUGUAUUGUUGGAGAAGUUUCUAAAUUGUAAUUGCAUUUGCAGUUAUUAUUCAGGCGAAUCUAAUAAAAACAACUUGCUAUUUUUCUACGUCAACUAAUUUGUCUACUGCGCAAACAAAAUGGAUGGACAGCACCGACGUGAACGAAAGUCAUCAAUGGUAACACAUCAAAUUUACGCACCACUUUCGCCCUGUCCUAUACCCGACAUAAGCGACGAUGAACUGGUCUCCAUAUCCGUGCGGGACCUUAAUCGCACGUUGAAGUCACGCGGGCUCAAUCGUGAGGAAGUUGUGCGUAUGAAACAACGGCGCCGUACGCUAAAAAAUCGUGGCUAUGCGGCUAGUUGCCGUAUCAAGCGUAUUGAACAGAAGGAUGUCUUGGAGACAGAAAAAUCGCAUGAAUGGGUUGAACUGGAAACCAUGCACGAAGAUAAUGAACAAUGUCGCAAGGACAUAACCAACUGGAAGAACAAAUACAAGGCCUUGCUGCAAUUUGCAGCACAUAAUGACAUUCCAAUACCACCCGAGUUGGAGGGCUGUUGAGCAGUGCAAUACACCCGAAAAUAUUCUUAAUUAUAUUUCAUAAGUAGCUUAAUGUAUAUGGCAUCAAUUAUGAUGUUUUUUUAUUACUGUUAAAUACUGUAUU